AUGAAACACUCAGCCACUAGACUGCUUUUAAGAGCUCCACGGCCUCGAAUUGCAGCUCACACAUUUCCACCAAGACCUCGACUUGCGACUCCAGCUUUGCGGAGACAUGCCUCUACGUCGGAGAAUGCUUCGACCGCAAGCUCACGUGUAUUAAACUUCUUUUACGGCACCACUCUUGUUCUUGGCUUGGGCAUCAUUUAUGUCUACGUCACAGAUACAAGAGCAAGUGCGCACCGUUAUAUCGUCAUUCCCGCUCUCAGAUGGUUCUAUUCUGAUCCAGAGGAAGCUCACCAUGUAUCAAAUCAGACACUAAAGUCCUUAUGGGAUUUUGGGCUCUACCCACGAGAACGAGGGGAUCCAGAUCAGCAGAAAGAUCUCGAAGUCGAAGUCUUUGGACGGCUGCUUCGAAACCCUAUAGCUACUUCUGCAGGUAUCGACAAACAUGCCGACAUCCCGGAUCCUCUUCUUGCCAUCGGUCCGGCAAUCAUCGAAAUCGGAGGCGCCACUCCAAACCCACAAUCUGGUAAUGUCAAACCUCGAGUCUUCCGGUUGACCUCACAGGAAGCCAUGAUCAAUAGGUACGGCCUCAACUCGGAAGGGGCUGAUGAUGUGGCUAUGAGGCUACGAGAAAGAGUCAGGAAGUUCGCCUAUCGACUCGGUCUUGGUCACGAUGAAGUCGCGGAGAAAGCUGUACUGGAUGGCAUCGCAGGUGUACCACCCGGCAGUCUCACACCUGGCAAAUUGCUUGCUGUGAACAUCGCAAAGAAUAAAAUCACACCAGAGGAUGAUGUUGAUGCUGUCACGCAAGACUAUGUCUACUGUGUCGAAAGACUCGGCGCUUAUGCUGAUAUCCUGGUCGUCAAUGUUUCCAGCCCAAAUACCCCCGGUCUGCGGUCACUCCAGCAAGGCGACAAGCUGAGAAAGAUUCUGGAUGGUGUCGUUAAAGCUGCUCAUUCUAUCGACAGACGGACAAGACCUGCUGUCAUGGUCAAAGUCAGCCCUGACGAGGAUUCUGAGGAACAAAUUGCUGGAAUUUGCGAUGCGGUCUGGGCGACCGGGGUGGAUGGAGUCGUCGUGGGAAAUACAACAAAUCGCCGACCCGAGCCGAUGCCGCACCUGAAGAACCUGACUCCCCUUGAAGAACAGCAUCUUCUAGAGACUGGUGGAUUCUCUGGUCCUCACCUGUUCGACCGAACCGUGUCGCUGGUAAAGCGCUACCGCAAACUUCUGACAGAGAAGCCAGCUGAGUCGGAACCCUCGACUACACCUACUCCGUCGAAACCAAGUGCACUGCGUGCUGAAGCCCAAAAGAUCAAGGAUUCUCUCACAUCCAGCUUGGAGGAAUUGUCCUCUUCGUCAACGCCGUCGUCACCUUCAUCAGACCCAGAUCCACUAACGACUUCUGUUGAAACAGAGGUCGUACCCCGGCCUCCACUGGACAGUCCUAAUUCUGGAAAACAACCACUGUUCAGCCUUCCCAAAGAGCGUUUUUAUGACCAGUCAAAGGAGGAGCAAGACAGCUUGGGAGACUCAGAUGAGCCAGCCGAUGAAGCACCUAUGCAGCCGCAGGAGGAAAGAGACCGCCUGAAGGCUAUCCAACAAGCCAUUGAACGACUUCCGCCCAGGGAGCAGCGAGAUGCGAUUGAGAGGCUUGAAACUCCUAUUCAUCUACCUCACAACGACCAGUCAAAGAUAAUCUUUGCAACUGGAGGCAUCACUAACGGCAAGCAAGCUUUAGAAGUGCUAAACGCAGGCGCCAAUGUUGCCAUGGUCUAUACUGCAUUGGUGUACGGUGGUGUUGGUACUAUUUCUCGGAUCAAGGAUGAAAUGCGAGACGAGAUGAGAAGAGUGGUCGAAGAGAAGCGAUGA